GGAAGGGGCCACCAACAGCACAAAUCACGACCUUUUCCACCUCAGAUAUCUUACCCUCACGACUUCUUUGCCCUCUUGAAAAUAUCGUCGCUAUUUUCUUUGGCUCUUUAGCUUUCUUCAGAGCGUAUUUUUGUUUGCUCUGGCUAUCGCGCAGACCCGUCCUGUCUGCUCUCAAAUUUGACGUCUUAUUUGGUAUUGGCAACAGCAAGGCCCGUUUCUCUCAGCUCAGGUCUCUUUCGGUCUCGCUCACUCACACUCACCACUCACCACUCACACAACCUCUGGCUCUCACUCUCAGCUCUCAGUCGGGUGGUCCAAGUCAAGUCAAACCACCACAUCACCACUUACUUGCAUCAAACCCGGUUUUUUUGCCAGCACCUUCACAUUCAACCUCCUUCCCCCUACCGACAGCCUCUUACUCCCAUCCGUCAAAUCUACGACGGGACAAGGGUUCGCUAGCUCUUCAUUCACAUCAUAUCAAUAUUCAGAGCAGUCGUCUCCCGUCUCAUUGAAUGACUUCUCGGCUUUCUCCGCCAUCUUAUUGCGGCUCCCCUUCUACCCCCGAAUCAUCUACACAUCCGUCUCCGUAAGCCAGGUCACCUCUUCACCUGUUCUUACUUGGACUGCACCAUCACAUAACCGCUGCUCUUACAGAUAUGGACCAGCGCUCUCGCGGUGGCCGUCCGAAUCGCCGGAAAACUCUUCCCACUUCCAGCAUCCAGUCUGAUACCAGCGCAGGCGGCGAGUCAAACUCGAGCAUCAUGACGCGCUCUCCUCCUGUUGCUGCCUCCCGCACUCCUCAGACGGCACCUCAAAAUCGCCGCAACGCAAAGCCCAUUCCUAUGAAUAACCCCUUCAGUGUUCGCUCAUCUCCCAGCACGGGCGGAUCCGGUCCUGGCCCUGGCAAGGCUCUUAGAAAGAGAUCUCGCACCAGCGGCUUUGACGGGCCCGCCGAUGAAGAAGACGAGACUUACCGCAAGGGCCCUCACACUUUGAGAAAGCGUGCGAAAAUCGACUACUCCGCCGCAGACUUUGAGGAUGAGCUGCCCGAGAUCGCAAUCCCGGCUCCUCGCACUGCUACCCGUAAGAAGCGGGCUGACAGUGAAGUCGUCGACGAGGAGUACUACACGCCCACGGCACAGAAGCGCCGCGCCAACUCGAGAGAAUUUUCCGUCGCCAGCAUUACCGCUGCUCGUCGUCGGACCCCGGCCCGGAAGAACGUCGUCGAACAGCAAUCCUUCUACUCUCAGCAAUCAGACGAGGAUAUUGUCAAGGACACUAUUGAAGUGGUGGGCGAUUCUUCUGACCUCAUCAGCUCUGAUGAUGCAUCUGACCAUGAUGACAAUGACAAGGACAUUUCCGGUCACGCCUCCCUUCCAGAAAACCAUGACCAGCUCUCGUCACCCAUCCAGCGCAAGACUCAGGUAAUACUUCAAUUGGCAUCUCCCAUCAGCCAUCAGAUCAUCAAGCAGGAUGAGAGUCAAUCGAGCCAAGCACAAACCGUUCCCGGCGACAUUGUUACCGCCGCGGAUGAGGUAUCAGGCCCUAUCAUCGCUCACCCUCAGCCCAUCCGCGUCAAUCAAGUCACCAUUAUCGGAAACACUGGCCCGCGCCCAGACACCGAGGCGACAACAGUUCAUCAUGGCCACUUCGUCGAGGAUUAUUCUAUCCAGCCCAAGAGAGAGGCCAGUUCUCCCGUGCGGCCUACCGAAAGUGUACCGCAGAGAACGGCUCUACCGGAGAUGGCUGAGCCGGCAGUCAACGCCGACUCUGCAGUUGUCUCCGGUACUCAGGAAAAUUCCGCACCAGCCGUUGCUCAGAUUUUCAACGCCACCAACAACAUCGACCAUGUCAACGUCGCACAGCCGAUUGAAGAACCACGAGAGUCUAUCGCCGAAGUGUCAACAGAGGACACAAAGGUAAAUGGUCAUAUCGAAGCGACCGAAAAUAAGCUUCCGCCUCAAGAGGAGCCAUCAGAUACACAGCCCACCGCCCCUUCACAAGAUGUCGACGUCUCUGCAUCAUUCACAACUCAGUCCGAGGAUUUAUCCCGGCCCCAAGACGAGAUGGACGUUGACGUUGUAGAGGAACCCGAUGCAGAAAUGCAGGACGAUGUUGCUGCUCCUGAACCCGUUGCUGUUCCCGAACCCAAAGCAGCAUCCCCGCAACCCCAACCCGCCGCUCCUGAGGCGAAAAAGAAGCGCUAUCCGUGGUCCCACCUUACACCUUACAUUGAUGGCGAAUAUGUCACCCACUCCAUCUACCCGGUCGCUGUCGAGGCAUCUGCGCCCACCUCAAAUGCCGACGCCGCUGAAACUUCCGGCGAGCGAGAGAUUGCUGAAGAGACGCCCGAGAAUGCCAAUGCGAAUGCCCAUGGUCAGGGUGCUGAAGCAGACGCAGAAGACGGUGCCAAUGCCGAUGCAGACGGCGAAGUUGACGACACUGAGCGCGAUGCCGAUCACGACGAGGAUCUCGCACCCGACAGCCAAGGCCAGCAACUUUCCCAAGGGUCCGCUUACAACUCGGCUGCCCCGACUCCCGCACUUACGCCCCGCCAAGGGUCGCCUGUUGUACCCUCAGCCGCAACUGGAACUAGCACGCCGGCCUUGAUGCCGAAGCAACGCUUCAGAAAACAGUACAGGUUUAAAAAGGUCAGAGACCCUGCCGAAUUCCUAGCCUUCUUAAAGGACUCUGAGGACCUCCCCCAGGAGGAGCUCUGGGACCUUCUGGCUCAGGCCAAUGAGUGCCUCCUUGCCUAUCAAGAGGAGUACAAAGAGUGCAGCAGGGUCGUAGAUGAUCAAGAGAAUGCCCAGCGUCGCGCCAUUCAGGAUGCCGCCUACGAAAAGAAGACUGCCGACUUGAACGCCUUUGCCAAGGUAGACUCAUACAUCGAAAAGGAGUUUGAGGUGCAGGGCUCCCGAGCCACGAUCAAGGAGAAAGACGCCGGAAUUCUCGAGCAACGCUUGCAAGACAGGAUCAUGGCCGCCACGUAUCACUUCGAGUACGAUCCUCACCCCAACAAAGUCGGCAACCAAGAUCCCGGCGCUCAGAAGGGUGGUGGAGGCGAAGGUGUUCGCCAACUUCGAAGCCAGCCGCAAGCAAGCGCCAAGGCUGCCGAGGGCGACGGAGUCAUCGUCUCUGGCAAGAGAACUCGCAACCCCCCGAAGUUGUUUGACGGCGUGUUACAGGACGACCACCGUGCAGCAACUCCGGGAAGCAUCAAGCCGGGCCCGAAGAAGCGCGGCAGGGCUGCUGCCGCAGAAAAAGCGGCUUCAGCUCAAGACCCCGAAGAGGAGCCCGAGCCUGAGCCACAAACAGUUUCACCUGCCAAGCCCGGCCCCAAGAAGAGAGGGCCGAGGGGUAGGAAGUCUGCCGUUGUGGUCUCGGAGCCGAAUUCGCCUGCUCCCGAAGAAGAGGCCAUCGCCCCGCCACCGGAGCCAGAGCAGGUACAGCCUCCCAAGCGCAAGCGUGGUAGACAACCAAAAUCGGCUGCCAUUGUCGAGGAAGAGCCAGAGGAGCCCGAGAAACCGACCCCCAAGAGAGGUCGCGCAGCGCAGCGAAAGAGCAACGGCCAUGUUGCUGUUGUUGCACCCGAGACAACCGACGAAUCCCGCCCUACCUCAGCAUCAUCUAUGGCCACUAUCUCGGAUGCCGGGUCUACCUACGGACUGCGCCAGAAGAAGCGUCAGCGAAAUUGGCAGGACGAGGAGGAAGUCGAUGAGGAAGAAGUGGAGGCCGAACCCCAGCCUAAGAAGGCUCGCAUCAUCCGCAUCAACAGAAAGCAAAGCGCACCGGAGCUCGCAUCCAAAGAGACGCUGGGCGAACAUAUUCUCGCUGAUAUACACCGUUUCGCCGCGACUCUCGAUGCAGCCGAGUCCCCUCAGUCCCGGAUGAUAGUGUCAUUCAAGCUGAUUAACAAUGGCUCAAGAUGGACCAUCAAGCCCCCAGCCUCACCGCGCCAAACAUCUACCGACGUCAGCGAGUACAACCUGUCGACCCCUCGACCAGCGCCAGUGUCUGCACCUACCUCGGCCAAGUCAUCGGCCCCGCCUAGCCAGGCUGAAGGGGAGGAGAAGGAUUACUCCACCAUGACCAAGUCAGAGAAGAUGUCGGCCUCGAUGAAAAAACGAUGGCUCAAUGGCAGCAUGCAAGGCGCUGUCAAUAAAAGAAAGGCCACUCUCGCUGCGAAGAAGGCAGCAGCUGCCGCGGCCGAGGCUGAUGCGGCCCGAAUCGCUCAGCAAAAGGCGAUGCAACUCCAGCAAUCUGGACAACCGGCACCUUUCCCCAUGGGACAGGGACAGUAACGAACCCAAACACAACUACACACGUCCGUCAGAAACGGCACGUUUGACUACCACGCAGAGCAGGAUGAUGACCUAUACGGAUCACAUCGAAAAAAACACAACCGCAAAAGGUCACGAGACCCACGAAUAUCAUUACCAGCAUCAUGUGCUUCUCAGAGCAACUAUUUUCCAGUCUUCUACGAUCAGCAUUGUAUACCCAUUCGCAUGACGAAAGUCGCAUCCGGAUGGCAGUGGACGUGUUCGGGCACACGAAUACGCAAAAAGCCCGCACGCCGAUACACACCUAAUUCAGUUUUCUUGUUCGAGUACACAUAUCGGGAGAGGCACCUUGAGAGAUGAUCUCUCCUACAUCAGCAUCGGGAAGCGAGGGCAUCCGACUUUUUCCCAUUUUUCGAUUCGAGUGUUGGAAACCAAAAAAGAGGAGAGAGCGUAUGGAUCUUUGCAUUGAUGGAUUGACGGAACGGCACACCGACCUCGGCUCUCAUAAUCGACUGAGAAGUCUCACAGUGCCGCCGUCUCCGUCACUUUUUCUUUUUGUCGAAUCUUUCUUCUUCGGCUUUUGUGUAUUUGCGCGAAACUUUUCUUGAUUUCAGACGACGAAUACGAAAUUUCGUCGAUUUGGCACCAGCUCGCUGAGGUGAGUGGUCUUUCGGAGGUGGCGCGUCAACGGAAGUGGAGAGUCAAGUCGUG